CAAUACCAACGUGAUUUGCCAGCUUGGAGGAAAGAAAAUUGUAUAAAGCACCAUUUCCUGCAGUCAAAAUGCAGGAGGGAUCUCAAUCUUCACUCCUUUUCCAACUUCUUGCCAUUUUUUUCAAUAGAAAAACAAGAAAGAAAUAGAAGCAGCAUCAUGUAUGCCACCAAGAUCAUCUUCCUCCUUCUCACUGUUCCCUUUGCCUCUCAGCCUGGGAGCCAUGCGCUCCCUGCUGAAGUGCAUAAGGGCCAGCCUAUCCAUGUCAAACCACCCCCAGCACUCGCAAAGAUAUUUGGACCAAAACCAGCCACAUACUACCCACAAGAACAUACGCACGCCGGGAAUGUGGCUGUGUAUAACAUAGCACAUUGUGGGAAGGUCAAGUGUUGAUGACAACACGACCCAUGCAGGCAUAUCACCUCUCGCUGUCCGUUGUGCAAAGCCUGUCGCCACAACAACGUUGUGUUGUCCACGGCGGUACCUUGUAGUACUUGGUCUAUAAGAGCGAGCAUGUCCGAUAGGUUUAAAUUGAGAAGCAACAAGAAUCUCAAGGCGUCUUCCUGGAUGCCUUGUUGAAUUCCAAGGCGGUG